GCUUAGAGUAGAGUAGAGCAGGACAGUGGGGUUCUUGAGAGCAGAGCAGAGCAGAGAGUCCCACAAAAGCAGCUGAGCACAACACCUCACUCACUCCUCUUUCCCCAACCUCCGGGCUCAUCCCCAUCCAGCUACCUAUUCUCCCUCCAAAAAUUUCCCCGCCAGAAUCGCCAGAUCCGAUCCAGGAAGCAGCGGCAGCGCCCGGGCCUCCACUCGCGCCGCCGCAAGAGAGCCCGGCUCAGUUCUUCUCGCGCUCUGUUCUUCUUUACCUGCGGCGGUCAGUUGGUUCUUCUUAUCUUUGGUUUCGCGCGCGCGCUUGAUCCUGGAGUUCUUGUUGCCCGAGAUCCGGUGUCCCGGGGGAGAAGUUGGAGAACCCUAUUCGUGGGUUUUGUUUUUUCCCUGCUCUUGAUCCAGCUGAGUUCGUGCGGCAAUCUCUUCGUCUGAUUCUUGUUCCCGGGCGCAAAGAUCCAGGAUUUUCUUCUUCAAUCUCUUCGUCUGAUUCUGUUGAAUUUGUUGUGGUCGCCGGAGAUGGCGCCGCCGUACACCUCGCCGUACGUGCUGUCCUCGCUCCUGCUUCUGCUGUCCAUCCCGGCUGUGGUGCUCCUGGCGCCGCGGCUGCUGCUGCCCAGGACGCUCCCGGCCAUCCCGGACGCCGACGAGUCCGACGACCUCGCGCUGUUCCGCCGCGCCGUGCUCCUCUCCUCCUCCGGCUCCGGCGCCGGCGGAGCCGGCGGCUUCGUCGUCCGCGGGCGGCCGCAGCCCAAGGUGGCCUUCCUCUUCCUCACCAACUCCGACCUCGUCUUCGCCCCGCUCUGGGAGAAGUUCUUCGCGGGGCACCAUGGCCUCCUCAACCUCUACGUCCACGCCGACCCCUCCGCCGUGCUCGCCUCGCCCCCGACGCCUUCCUUCCGCGGCCGCUUCAUCUCCGGCGGCAAGGCCACGGCGCGCGCCUCCGCCACGCUCAUCUCCGCUGCCCGCCGCCUCCUCGCCACCGCGCUCCUCGACGAUCCGGCCAACCACUUCUUCGCCUUGCUCUCCCAGUCCUGCGUCCCGCUCCACCCGUUCCCCACGCUCUACCGCACGCUGCUCUCCGACAACAACAAUGCCGGUGCCGGGCACCGCCGCCGCCAUCGCAGCUUUAUCGAGAUCCUUGACAGCGAGCCGACGCUGCACGACCGGUACUACGCCCGCGGCGACAACGUCAUGCUCCCGGAGGUGCCGUUUGACGCUUUCCGCGUCGGAUCGCAGUUCUUCGUGCUCGCAAGGCGGCAUGCCGUCAUGGUGGUCAGGGACAGGAGGCUGUGGAAUAAGUUCAAGGUGCCGUGCUUGGUGAAGGAGAAGGACUCCUGCUACCCGGAGGAGCACUACUUCCCGACGCUGCUCGACAUGCAGGACCCUGAUGGAUGCACCAAAUAUACCCUGACCAGAGUCAACUGGACAGACGCCGUCGAUGGCCACCCGCACACAUACCAGCCGGAGGAGGUAUCUGGGGAGCUCAUCGGAGAGCUCAGGAAGUCCAAUGGGACCUACUCGCACAUGUUUGCGCGAAAAUUUGCGCCCGAGUGCCUUGGGCCGCUGAUGGAGAUCGCUGACUCUGUCAUCCUGCGUGACUAGGUGCCGGACCGGAGUUUGUGUUUGCAGAGCUGAACAGGAUGAGGAUUGUGAUGAGAUGAACAAGCAUAAGCUGAUCCAUCCAUCCCUUUGUAGUUUCUUCAGAGAACAGCAAACUUUGCCUUGUUCCAUCAGUGGCUGUUGUCAAAGAGAUGCUGCUGGUCAGAAAGUGAUGUAGUGUCGGUGGCGAAGGGCCCCAACUGCCUCUAUGUGAGUAUUGUUGUGUUUCUUGGUUUCUUUUUUUCUUCCCAAUUUGGUCCGAUGGAGAAGUUGUUGGCACGUAAUAGGUCGUAGUUAGCACGAAUGAUCAUCCUAUGUAUUAGAAUGGAGGCAACCUGUCGAUACAUGCAGUGAUGGUUUGUAGUAUAUGUUAUCAUGUUGUCAAUAUCACACACUCUUUCUCUAAAUGUAUCAUCUGUAUCAUGGCACCACUAUAUUCUUGGCUUUGAACUGAAGUCAUAUAUAUUCUGGCUUUAGGUGGCAACUGCACCUGCCUUAGCA